AUGCUUCUAAUUCAUUAUGUAAACCUCACUCAUUUUAAAACAAGUCACAAUGAGUUCUGGUUGGAUUUAAAAGUCUUCUUGGCAAUUGAGUGCGUUUUGUAUUUUAUUGACCUAUUCAAUAUGAUCUUCAACUUUGUUUUUUUAAUCCGUGCCCAUCAAUUUCACUUCAAUUUUGGUUGUAUUUAUGCAUGGCUUUUUGUUAUUAAUUUCACUGAUAACAUUGCUUUGUUAUUGAUGAAAAAUAUCAUGAUCUGGGAAUAUGUGGAUGACUCAAAUCCCACUUCAAAUUGGUUAUUUUUUAUCACAAUGAACAUCACAAUUGCUUGUACAUUUGCAGCUAUGUGCACAUUGUUCUUCUGCGCUGUGGAACGAUGUUUUGCCACUGUAUACAUAUGUGACUAUGAAAAGAAACAACGCAAAUUCAUAUCAAUUAUGCUAAAUUCCAUGCUCACUAUAUUUGGUUUUGCUGUUUGUGGAGUCGUAACGGACAAGAAAAACACUGUGUAUCUGAUCAUCUUCCUACUGGUGAUCGAUGGAAUCGCGCUUAUGUUACACUGUUUUCUCCAAUGGCUGAAUAAACGGAUUUACGUCAGACUUCACGAUAAUGUCUACAUCACUUCUUACUCGUUGGCUCAAAGAUUUCAAGUUGCUGAAAACAUUGUCCCUACAGAUGAUGAACAACGUCAUUUAUUAUAUGGGAUUUAUGAACAUGACAGUUGUUCUCAGUGUGCUUUUCUCGAGUUUUGA